UCGGUGACCAGACGCGGAGCCCGUAAUCUUUUCCGUCGCGCGUCGUCAUGAGAGAGGGAAUCUCCACAGCUUUGUCGAAGAGUUAUACACGUGACUCAUCGUCCUCCAUGUUCUUCAUUACUUUUUCAUUCCUCCCUUCCUCAUUCUUCGACCAGUCUUAACUUCCUCCAAUCUCUGGUGGGGUUUCAAUUUUCUCGUUGUCUCGUGCGGGUUUUUUUGGUGUAGCAUCUGAGGGUCGAAUGACACCAUAAGUUGAUUCUUCCAGAGAGGAUGGCUUUGUUUUAGAACGUUCGUGGUUUCUCACGUAUAUUUGAAUUUCUUUAUUGCCUGUAAGUUAGCCGUUUGCUAUUCAAAGGCUAGGAGUUGAGAAGUGAUUCGCAGCACAGAGCUGCAAUGUCAAACAAUUGCUAGAUGCCAUCUCUUCUCAGCGUUAGAAAAUGGUUGUAUUCGACCUUACCUGCCUCUUGAAGCUCUUCCCGCCAACGGAUACUCCAAAACAAGCUCUAAGAAAUGUGUUAAGUUUAAUCUGGAAAAUGGAAGGCCGUGAUCGAGUUUGAACGGGCGGUGCAUUUGCAAUUUUAAUAUCCUGGUGACGUGGCGUUUUGUGAACUUUUCGAUUAGUUGGACGGAUGGAUUCAUGGCCGCGCUGGAUUUGCCCGCGCCGAGGAGCCGAACGCUUCCAAGCUAAACUUCUUCACAGUUCCCUUGCUACCUAUAAUUUUGACUCCUUCGUGUUGGUGAUUUGGCGAAGGUUCAGAAAAACCGAUGGCAGACUCACAGUGUAAUUCGAAAAUGUUCAGUAUACGGAUUGUGUCUAUCGACUACUACAUGGCACAGCCGAUUCCAGGCCUGGAUAUCUGUUACAGUAGUUUCCAUGGUGGGAAAGUGAAUGAGGUUCCCGUUAUAAGAAUAUAUGGUUCUACUCCAGCUGGGCAGAAAACUUGUUUGCAUAUACAUCGGGCUUUGCCCUACAUAUAUGUGCCAUGCGCUGAUAUACCUCUUCAGUCAGAUCAAGAAGGAGAUGUGUACACAUAUAAGGUAUCUGCAUCUCUUGAGAAAGCCUUGAAGCUAAAAGGCAGCAGCGGUUUGACAAGACAACAUGUUCAUGGCUGCAGCCUUGUAAAAGCAAGGAGAUUUUAUGGUUAUCAUUCAUCAGAGGAAUUAUUUGUGAAGAUAUAUCUAUAUUAUCCACAAGAUGUCUCCCGUGCUGCUAAUCUACUAUUGGUCGGUGCUGUUCUUGGCAAAAGCUUACAGCCCUAUGAAUCACAUAUUCCCUUCAUUCUUCAGUUUCUGGUUGACUAUAACUUGUAUGGCAUGGGUCUCCUGCACUUGUUAAAGUUGAAGUUCCGCCAUCCUAUGCCAGAUUCUUCUCACAAGAAAUUGAUUUUCAAUAAUCAACAGACAGGGGCUGAUAUGGAUGGUGAUGCGUGUUUAGGGCCAGCAGUGUGGGCCUUAUCAAUGGUCUCAUCUGAUUGGAUGUGGCAACUUCCAAGUGAAUUGGAUGCUUCAUCAAAUCAUGAGGCUCAUUGCCCUAAACGUCAAAGCACAUGUGAACUGGAGGGCGAUGCUUCUGUAGAUGAGAUUCUUAAUCAGCAGUUUAAAAUGUAUUCAUCCCUCUCACAAACCCGAUCAGAUGUGCAAAAGGUUCAGUCUCUUGUGCCGAUUUGGAAGGAGCAGCAAGAAAGGACUGGGAUUUAUGAGGAUACUAUAACUCCUGAUACUGGGAAGCCACUGCCAGAAGUUGUUAUGAGAAGUCUUUCUGGUGGUCUUGACUUUGAGAAAAAAUUUGUUGAAAUGUGCUGUGAAGCUGAAACCUGUGCAUCUUUUAUUUCAUCUGAAGAGUUGAGAGAAACAGACAUAAUAGGUUCAGCAUCACCACCGGCUUCACUAUGCAAAGAUGCCAAAUUGCAUGAAGAAGGGACUGAGGCAAAUCUCAGAUUGUUGACUGUUGAUGAAAUGCAAUCAUCUGAGAUUAUUGGAACACAGGGCAAAAAGGAUGCAGAUAAGGAAGCAUUGAAUCUCCUAAAGUGGCUUGCAACUUCUCAAGCUGCAGAGGAUAUUAACUCUGAUGAUGAACUUAUUCGUGAAACCAUUUUGAGUCCCUUGUUACCUGCUACAACAAUUGAUAAGGUGCUGGAGAAAGCUAAUAUGGAUUACGAAAGUGAGUCCCAAAAGGAGUGUCAAGAUAUUCUUGAUUCCAUUGACGAUCAACUUCAGUUGGAGUCAUCAAAGAGAAAGCCACCUUUUUCCUCAAAUUUUAAUUGUCCUGUUGAGUCUUCAUCAAACAAUAUGAUUCCCCAAGUUGAUGGUUCUGCCGAUGAUGAGUUUGCAAGCCCAAGUUCUGGUUCAGAGGGAAUUUCAUUUGCACUGGACAAAAAAGGUGAAUCCAAGAGGUCUUCCAAACACUGUAUACUGCAAAAUACCAGAACAAAUACUUAUGGCAAAGAUAACAGGAAUAAAGUAUGGGGCACUUUGCCAUUGUCAAUGACCCAUAACAAUUUUGAUCAUGCUAGUUUACAUUGUGGCCAUACAUCUGAAAAGGAAACUGUAGAAUCUGUUGACUCAGAUUGUUUGGCCAGAAAUGAGAUGGAGAAUAAUGGCAUAAAGAAUGGGGAUGAAGGUGUUUCAGACAUAAAAGGAGUACAAACACUGGAUAAUUGCUCUGUGCGGGACUUGAUGAGGAGAAAGAGAUGCUAUCGAGUUGAACAAGCUGACAGUGAAUCUGAAAUAACUAAAAAACUACAUUUAGAUGGGGAUGAGAAACUGAAAACUGAUGGAGAAACAGAAGUCCAGAAGAGCUGUGUUCUGAAAAUGACCAAUCAUGAUUUAGUGCGUAAGAAAGCACCCUUUUCUUCUGAUUACUCAGAGGUUUCCAGUGGUAAAAAGUUUAAGGUUGACUCAACAUAUGUACAAACUGACAACUGUCCACAAAUUGACAUGGCAGCCUUAGGUAGUGUGCAAAGCUCUUCGAUUGAGAAUAUACGGUCUGUCAGAGAUAAUUUCAUGUAUAAAUGUCCUUAUGGAAGCAAAUCUUCUGAGCAACACGGUCAGAUGAGGUCAUGUGAUAUUGUGGUGGGUGCGAAUACUGCAACUGACAUUCAAGUAUUGCAAUGUGUAAAAAGUGAUGGCAAAAGACCUAGAGAGAAUUUGGGUUUUUAUGAGACUAGUGGCAUAGAACCUUCGAUCAAUGACAUUAUGCGUGAUCACAUGAGAUUAACCUCUACAAGGGCAUCUGCCAUGGCAGUAACUGACUAUUACAUUUGUCUGUUUAUUGAAGUGAAACCUCUGGAUGAUGUUAUUCCUGCUUUGCUAUACUAUCAGAAUGCUGGCUCUCAUCUAUGCCUAUUGAAACCCAAAAUUUUGCCUCCUUCUGAGGGUAAUGUCGGAGAUGGCUACUUUGCGACGAGAGAGAUCAAAUGUUUCAACAAUCUGAUGCAAAGGAGAAGCAUAUGCCUAAAUGGAAUACAAGACCUUGUUCUUUGUCUAAACAUGUCCAAGAUGUUGAUUCUGAAAAAGAGUCUCCAUGCAUCAGCAGUGGGAGAAAUGAAUAUAAUCAAAACAAGCUUGGACGGCUCACAAGAUACUUCUCAGAUAUCAGGCCCUGAUGUGAAAUCAACGCCUACUCCUCUUAGUCAAAUUGGAUUUUGUGACCCUGCUGCAGAUAAGGAAGCAUUGAAUCUCCUAAAGUGGCUUGCAACUUCUCAAGCUGCAGAGGAUAUUAACUCUGAUGAUGAACUUAUUCGUGAAACCAUUUUGAGUCCCUUGUUACCUGCUACAACAAUUGAUAAGGUGCUGGAGAAAGCUAAUAUGGAUUACGAAAGUGAGUCCCAAAAGGAGUGUCAAGAUAUUCUUGAUUCCAUUGACGAUCAACUUCAGCUGGAGUCAUCAAAGAGAAAGCCACCUUUUUCCUCAAAUUUUAAUUGUCCUGUUGAGUCUUCAUCAAACAAUAUGAUUCCCAAAGUUGAUGGUUCUGCCGAUGAUGAGUUUGCAAGCCCAAGUUCUGGUUCAGAGGGAAUUUCAUUUGCACUGGACCAAAAAGAUGGGGAUGAGAAACUCAAAACUGAUGGAGAAACAGAAGUCCAGAAGAGCUGUGUCCUGAAAAUGACCAAUCAUGAUUUAGUGUGUAGGAAAGCACCCCUUGUAGCUGGCAGUCAAACCGGACUGAGUCUCUGUGGACCGAAGAAGUUUCACUCUACUAGUUCUUCUGAUUACUCAGAGGUUUCCAGUGGUAAAAAGUUUAAGGUUGACUCAACACAUGUACAAACUGACAACUGUCCACAAAUUGACAUGGCAGCCUUAGGUAGUGUGCAAAGCUCUUCGAUUGAGAAUAUACAGUCUGUCAGAGAUAAUUGCAUGUAUAAAUGUCCUUAUGGAAGCAAAUCUUAUGAGCAACACGGUCAGAUGAGGUCAUGUGAUAUUGUUGUGGGUGCGAAUACUGCAACUGACAUUCAAGUAUUGCAAUGUGGGAAAAGGGUCUUGGGUGUUGCCAAAUACUAUCAGAAUGAUGGCUCUCAUCUAUGCCUAUUGAAACCCAAAUUUUUGCCUCCUUCUGAGGGUAAUGUUCGGAGAUGGCUACUUUGUGACGAGAGAGCAUAUUUUUGGUUGAUCCUGGCUUCCGCUUUCCAGAUCAAAUGUUUCAACAAUCUGAUGCAAAGGAGAAGCAUAUGCCUAAAUGGAAUACAAGACCUUGUCUUAUGUCUAAACAUGUCCAAGAUGUUGAUUCUGAAAGAAGUCUCCAUGCAUCAGCAGUGGAGAAAUGAAUAUAAUCAAAACAAGCUUGGACGGCUCGCAGAUACUUCUCAGAUAUCAGGCCCUGAUGGGAAAUCAACGCCUACUCCUCUUAGUCAAAUUGGAUUUUGUGACCCUGCAAGAAUUGGCUGUGGACAGCAAUUGACGGUACUCAGUAUUGAGGUUCUUGCAGAAUCAAGAGGAGAACUUUUACCUGAUCCCCAGUUUGAUGCCAUCAACAUUGUAGCUCUUGGUUUUCAAAAUGAUAGUGACACUGUUGUUGAUGUUCUCGUCCUUUUGCAUUGUAAACUAGAACCUUGUCAAAGAAAUUUUGUGAGUCUAUCAGGCUGCAAGGUGUUGGUUUUCACAGAUGAAAAGCACUUGCUAAAAUUUAUUAAUAUUGUAUCUUCGUAUGAUCCAGAUAUUCUGAUGGGUUGGGAUAUCCAAGGCGGUUCUCUUGGUUUUUUAGCAGAAAGGGCUUUGCAUCUUGGAUUAGGGUUACUUAAUAGUUUAUCUCGUACUCCAUCUGACUCUUGGAUUACUUCUGGUGAUACUGAAACUUCUAAAGACAUAUCAGCAACUGCCGUUCCUGAUAUAUCUAGUGCAGAUGAUGUACAAGAAAGUUCGAUAAUUGAGGAUGAAUGGGGACGAACACAUUCCAGUGGAGUUCAUGUUGGUGGCAGAAUUGUGCUUAAUGUGUGGCGACUUAUCCGUGGAGAAGUUAAGCUCAAUUUAUACUCAGUUGAAGCUGUAGCUGAAGCUGUAUUGAGGAGGAAAGUUCCUUCAAUUCACAACAAGGUCCUAACCAAAUGGUUUUCUGGUGGUCCUGGAGGAGCAAGGUAUCAGUGUGUCAAAUAUAUUACUGAGAGAGCAAAGCUGAAUCUUGAGAUAUUAAGCCAACUUGAUAUGGUUAAUCGAACAUCAGAACUUGCUCGUAUUUUUGGUAUAGAUUUUUUUUCUGUUCUCUCCAGAGGUUCACAAUACCGUGUCGAAUCGAUGUUUCUGAGGUUGGCACAUACACAAAACUAUCUCGCCAUCUCUCCUGGGAAUCAACAGGUUGCUUCUCAACCUGCCAUGGAGUGCCUGCCUCUUGUGAUGGAACCAGAGUCAGGAUUUUAUUCAGAUCCGGUUAUUGUAUUUGACUUUCAGUUAUAUCCAUCCAUGAUAAUUGCAUACAACCUUUGCUUUUGUACGUGCCUUGGCAAAGUUGUGGCAUCAAAAGAAAACACGCUUGGGGUUAGUUCAUUUUCACCAGAGCAACAUGUUCUGCGGGAUCUAAAAGAUCAGAUUUUGCUUACUCCAAACGGUGUUAUGUUUGUUCCUUCGAAGGUUCGUCGAGGUAUACUGCCACACUUGUUGGAAGAAAUUUUAUCAACUAGGGUAAUGGUGAAACAAGCAAUGAAAAAGUUGGCUCCUUCACAGCAAGUCCUUCAGCGGAUAUUUAAUGCAAGACAGCUUGCUUUGAAGCUUAUAUCAAAUGUGACAUAUGGCUACACUGCUGCUGGAUUUAGUGGUCGUAUGCCUUGUGCAGAGCUUGCAGACAGUAUUGUUCAAUGCGGCCGUUGCACGCUGGAAAGGGCUAUAUCAUUUGUAAAUCAGCAUGAUAAGUGGAACGCAAAAGUCAUUUAUGGAGAUACUGAUAGCAUGUUUGUUCUUCUCAAAGGACGCACUAUUAAAGAAUGUUUCCAAAUAGGGAGUGAGAUUGCUUCUGCUGUCACCGCUAUGAAUCCUAGUCCUGUCACCCUGAAGUUGGAGAAAGUUUAUCAGCCUUGUUUCCUCCUUACUAAGAAGCGGUAUGUUGGUUACAGUUAUGAAAGCCCUGAUCAAGGUGAGCCAGUUUUUGAUGCUAAAGGUAUUGAGACAGUUCGUAGAGACACGUGUGGUGCAGUUGCAAAGAUAAUGGAACAGUCUUUGAGGCUCUUUUUUGAAAAUAAGGAUUUAUCGGAGGUGAGAAGUUAUUUGCAACGUCAGUGGAAGAAAAUUCUUUCGAGCAAAGUCUCCAUUAAAGAUUUUGUCUUUGCUAAGGAGGUUCGUUUAGGUAGCUAUAGUGCAAGGACAUCAUCUUUACCUCCAGCUGCAAUUGUUGCCACCAAGGCAAUGAGAUUUGACCCUAGGGCAGAACCGCGUUAUGCUGAGAGAGUACCUUAUGUUGUAAUCCACGGAGAGCCUGGAGCCCGCCUGGUUGACGUGGUUGUGGAUCCAUUGGAAGUUUUGGCACUUAAUUCCCCACUCAGAAUAAAUGACUUGUAUUACAUCAAUAAACAAGUAAUACCUGCUUUGCAGCGGGUGUUUGGGCUUGUUGGUGCUGACCUGAACCAAUGGUUCUUAGAGAUGCCCCGUCCUUUAAAGGAUGCACGUGUAAAGCAUCUCAUUGCUCCAAAUUCACAUCGAACGAGAAUUGACUCGUAUUAUCUGUCAAAACAUUGUAUACUGUGUGGCGGGUUGGUUCAGGCGUCUGCACACAUAUGCAUUCAGUGCUCUGAAAAUGGAGUGGCCGCUGCAACGGCUGUGAUUAGUAAAACAUCAAAGUUGGAGCAAGAGAUGCAGCAUCUUGUUGCUAUAUGUGACCAUUGUGGAGGUGGAGGCAGGCUUCUGGAAAGUGAUGUAAAGUGCACAUCAAUUUCAUGCUCGGUGUUUUAUGAGAGACGAAAAGUUCAGAAAGAACUACUAGCGAUGAACCAUGUUGCUGCUGGUGAAGGCUUCUAUCCGAAAUGCAUGGUCGAGUGGUUCUGAGCAGUUAACUGUUGCGUUCAGCCUCUGAUAUGUAUGCAUUUAUUUGUGUAUACGAUUAGAUUUUAGGGGGUUUGCUAUAUUUGGUUUUCGCCCUUAUUCACAAAAUUCAUAUUUCCCCAUCUUUCUUAGCUACAAAUAUUCGUAUAUUAAAACAAAAAA